GUCAGUUACUUCCUUCCUUCCUGGUAUCAUUUCCAGCAGACGCUUGAAAGCUUCUCAGCUCUUUCUAUGGUGUCUGAUUCUGCUCCCCUCCAGCUGUGAGACUUCGGGUAUGUAAGUUGGAAAUAUUUUCUGGUUCUUCUGGAUUCUUAAGUAUCUUGUCUGGGAAGAGAGCAGAAUGGCCUUGGAAAAUUUGGCCAGAUCUCUUGUGAACAGAAAGACCUGUGGAGAUGCAUCUGUCCAUUAUGGAGCUGUAUUAGAGACCAGAGAGAAGAUGAAGAAACAACAACACCCAGUAGAUGCAGAAUUUAGAAAAGGCCCUCCAGCUGCUCAGCCUUGGAGCUGUGGGAAGAAUGGGGCAAGUCCUAGGUGGAAGAGCCACAAAAAGACAUUCAAUAGUUCAGAGGUCCAAUGUUGUCACUUCAGAAAAGUGCAGUUUCAGGAGGGGAGCCGUCCCCGAGAUGUUUGCACUCAGCUUCACUACUUUUGUCGUCAGUGGCUGCAACCAGAAAAACACACCAAGGCUCAGAUGCUGGACCUGGUGCUCCUGGAACAAUUCCUGGCUGUGCUUCCCCCAGAGAUGGGAAAAUGGGUGCAGGAGUGUGGAGCAGAGACCAGUUCCCAGGCGGUGUCCCUGGCUGAAGGCUUUUUGCUGACUCAGGAGGAGGAAAACAUGCAAGAAGAGUUGCAGAAAUGCAUGGAACCUGCGACUGAGUAUCCCAAGGGGAGGAAAGAUUCAUUCAGAUCCUCUGAAGAGCUGCUCUUCAGGGAGAACUUCCAGGAUGAUCAAAGUCAAGACACUAUGCAAGAGAGUAGAAAGCUGUCCUUGGACUUUUUAGAAUCACCUCUUUCUGAUAGAGCUGAAGGAUUAGCUGAACCGUUACUUCAGGAUAUUGUUACUUUUGAGGAAGUGGCCGUGUAUUUCUCCAAGGAGGAGUGGUCUCAACUGGAUGCCGACCAACAGGAGCUCUACAGAGAAGUCAUGCUGGAGAAUUCCAGGAAUCUCCUUUCUCUGGGCUUUAAUGGACAAGAGAAUAAGAAAUGCAAGGAGGAACGCCAAGCAAUCCAUUCGAAGGGGGCGGAAAGGAAAUUUGUAGAUCAGAUGCAACCAAAAAGUGAUGAAACAAAACAAUCACAAAGUGGAAUUAAAAGAAGUCUUCCUCAUGUCAGUUGGCUUCCUAACCAUACAAUGAUUGAUACAGGAGAAAGACCAUAUGAAUCCAUGGAGUGUGGAAAGAAGUUUAAUAAAUCCGAUCAUCUCAUUUCUCAUAAAAAGUCACAUUCAGAAGAGGAACGAACUACCUGCAGGGAGUGUGGAAAAACGUUCUGUGAUAAGUACUAUCUUAUAAGACAUCAAAGGAUCCACACAGGAGAACGACCGUAUAAAUGCAUGGAGUGUGGAAAGGCCUUUACUCGUAGCAGUCAUCUUAAUACCCACAGGAGGAUCCACACAGGAGAGAAACCAUAUCAAU